AGCUAAAACAGCUUUGUUUGUUCUGCCCUCUCCCUGCAGGAGAGCAAUAGAAGGUGUUUUUUUCUGUAUGCUGUUUUGCUGUGGCACUUUGCAAGAGGAAGAAGUUGAUAAUGUCUUCAGAACAUGGAGCUAACAAACGGCAUCAUAACCCAGUGGAAAGUAUUUGCAGAAAGAUCAAAUCCAUCCAAAUGAUGGACCAGGUCUCUAAUCCUGCAUUGCAGAUACCAAAAUUUCAGUCCCGGAACUUUGACAGUCCACAGUAUAACAUCAAAAAAAAUCUAGAAGAAAUACUGAAGAAAAGAACAUGUAGAAGCCAUAAUAACACUGCUCCACAUCUCAUAAGCCCCAGUGGUGACAGUAUCUUCUCGCCAGAUUUGCGGGGGCUGUCCCCAUGUCUYGGGCGUAUCUCUGACUGCUCUUCUGUGAAUGCCACCUAUUCAAUCAUUGACAGUGAAGAGAAGAUGAGUAAACCGUGGACACCAACRUGCCAGAGUGAGAAGAGUACUCCGUCCCUCUUCAGAACUAGAGAGGCUAAUGCCCGGAACGAGCUAUGUGUCUUAUCAAGUGCUGAAUCUAAAGAUGUGCCUCAUGACCAGAAGUACCUUACGUCAAGCCCAAACUUACAUUUUUUGAUAUCUGAUAAAAAGUCAGAAGGUGCUGUAGCACAGCCUUCUGUGCCAAGGAGGCUGUCUUUGAGUGAAAGAGGGUGGAAAUGGUCCAUGGGCUACAAAGCUGAUGAUAUAUAUGAUGUAAGCUUGAUCUGUGAAGAAGACUUGCUGACUACUAUCUUCUGUGCAUGUGAUGUAGAGCAUACAGGAAAAGUAGCUGUUUCCAAGAUUGUUGAUUUUCUGAGACAUACAACUAGUCGAGGAUCAGAGGACAGUGGCCUUGAAGAGCUCUGCAACAUGCUUGACCCGGAUCAAAGAGAUGUCUCUAUGGACCUGGAAACAUAUCAUGCUAUCAUGAAGGAGUGGAUUGAAGACUGUAAAAGAAAAUGGGAAGAAGACUGCACAGAGGAACCAACAGCAAACAUAGAUGAUCCGGAAUCUAAAGUACAUAAAAGCAUCUCUGAAGCAAAAAAGAUGUCUGUCAGAUUGAAUGUUACUUCAGGAAGUUUAGAGGCCUUUGGGGGUGAUGCAUCCAAAGGAGACUUGGAAACAUCUGACUUGAUAACCUGUGUGGCAGACCUGCAGUACAACAACCAGAAGCUUCAGGAAGAGAACAACAAAUUGAAGCUGACACUGGAAGCUGUAGAUGAGGCCAACAACAAGUUAAUGGCAGAUAACGAAGAUUUACAUCAACAAAUAAAAAGUAUCCAGCACUCGGUGCUGAAAGCCAAGUUGCUGGAAGAAGAAUUGGAAGAAGCAAAAAACAGCCUGAACUUCUCAGAAGAGAAGAGGCAGCAGGUUCUGUGCCAGAAUAAACAGCUAGAAAAAGAAAAUCAGUCACUUGUCAUCAAAAUGACCUCUCUUCAAGAAGAGAAUAUUAGGAAUACCCUGGACACUGAUGGACUUCAAAAGAAGAUUUUGGAGUUGUCUAAAACUACAGCAGAGCUUCAAAUCCAAGCACACGACUAUGAGAUUAUUGUGGUGAAUAAAGAGGCAAGCCUGAUCCAGAAGGACCAGGACAUCAAAGAACUGAAGUCAACAAUUGUGGAAUGUUCCUCAAUAAUAGAGACAUUGCGAGCUGAAAAAAAUAAACUACUGGAGAACAUGCAGCACAUGCAGCAGGAACUGAUCUCAAAUGGUCUGAGCUUCCCACUGAUAUAUAAGCUUAACAGCAGUAUAGCUGAAGGAACAAACUCAUUGCACUGUGAGCUGGAACUUGCACAGGCUUCUGAGCUUACCAAGACUGAAUGGACAUCUCUGGAUGAAACACUGGACCGUGAAGUGUUGUUCUUGCUUCAAGGACCUGAACAUGCUGGGGAAAGAUUUAAGAGUAUUAUGCAAAAUCUGCAAGAAGAAGCUACUGAACCAGAGAACCUUGUCAUGACUAUUUUACAAUGGAUGGAAGAUGUUGAUGUUCCCAUCAAGCAGAUUUUGGAGAGAAAACUUGUAAUUCUCAAGCAAGAGCUAGAAGAAAAGAAAGCGCUUUGGGUCCAGAAACUUCAUCUCUUAGAAAAAUGCAUGGAAUCCCUAGAUAAGGAUUUUAUUAGAAUGGCAGGCAACCUGAGGCGAAGCAAGACAGAGCAGCUUCACUUAAGGAAAGAGCUGUCUGCCAGGCAGCGUGAGGUAGAAGCUGUCAAACAGUUGCGAGAAGAAGCUGCUGGCCAGGCGGAAGCCUUGGGUUUGGAUCUAGAAAAAGCUACAAGGCAACUCGAGGAUGCCAACAGACAGGCAGAGGAGCAAGUUGAGGCAUUUCGUUCUGCUUGUGAAGAAGCUGCCUCCUUGAGAUUCAGGUUGGAGGAAGCCAUUUCUGAGCAGCAAAAACUCCAGGAUAUGAAUGCAGCUUUAAGGAGCGUUUGCCACUUGCUUCAGGAAAAGAUGGAAGCACAGAAAACAACUCUUAAUGAGCUGAGGAGGGAAGUGCUUAAAGGGCGACUGUCUGGAUUGCACCGCCAGAGCACUGUAGAUGAAGAACCUGAUUAUAGCCUGCUGCCCACAUCAACUGAGCCUGCGAAAGGGAAGCAGCUUUGCCACUCUAAAAAACAGUGGAUUGAGGGACCCAGCUUAUGCACUGGGCAUUUUGGAACACUGCCCUUGGAUAUUUCACGCUGGUCUCUUACACCCCUGUUAGAUGCUCUGACCCUGGAAGUCUCAUGCCCUCAUAACUCUCCUGUGCCAUUCUGGCAUCCCCACUGCAAGUGGAGCUCUCGCAGCUGCACACUUGAGACCUGCAGUCUGGAUGUGACACAAACUGAGUGGAGGUGGAAAAUAUGCCCUGCUGGUAACUGUGCUGAUGCAGAUCUUCCUGUUUCCAUUACAACGAUGGACUCCUCACUGGCUGAGAUAACCAGUGCAGAGCCAUCAACAUCAGUGAGUCUGAUCCCAUCCAGUGAUCACUUGGCCUCGUGUGCAGAAGAAGUUCUGGCAGCCUCUUUGGAAAGCAUCACAGCCGCGGCAGACUCUCUUGUUAUGGAGGAGAAACCACCUGARGGCUCGCAUGCAAAAGAGGAAGAGGUGCCAGCUGCUGUAGCAGCGGAGAAAGCUGGGGGAACUAAUCUGUCGAAGAAGGAAUUCUACUCUGUGACAGAAGAACAUGAAACAUCUCAAAAUGCUUUAAAGCAAGACCUGGAGAUGGACCAAGAAAAGGAAACCAAAAAGAAACAGAGUGAGGAAAUGCUGCCUAUGGUUCCCAGUAGGAAAGGGAGCUCACCCAAUGCAAGUGGCAUUAAAGGAGAUAAAACAAAGCAAAAUGACCCUGACUCUCCUAAUGAGAAGGAGGUGGAGGCUGAAUUUCUGAGGUUGUCUUUAGGUUUUAAGUGUGACUUGUUUACCUUGGACAAGAGAGUGAAGCUUGAAGAGAGAUCCCGAAAUCUGGCUGAAGAAAACCUGAAAAAGGAAAUCACAAAUGCUCUAAAGCUGCUGGAGGCUUUGGUUCCUUUGUGUGAAGAAGACAACCAAGCACAGGAGAUUAUUAAGAAGCUGCAGAAAAGCUUGCAGUUCCUUGGACAGUACGCAGCCCGUGUCGCCAGCAGAGCAGAGAUGCUGGGAGCUAUUAAUCAGGAGAGCCGGGUCAGCAAGGCUGUGGAAGUAAUGAUUCAGCACGUGGAGAACUUGAAGCGCAUGUACACAAAGGAACAUGCAGAACUUGAGGAGCUGAAGCAGGUCCUGCUCCAGAACGAGAGGUCCUUCAGUUCUCUCGGAGAYCAAGAUGAAUCUACAAAUAAGAAGCUGUCAAAUUCUCUUAACUUCAAGCCACCGUCGUCGCUGCGCAGGGUCAGCCUCGCGACGCUGCCUCGGGGCGCUGGCAAUGCAGGAGCUGGGUUGCCACUGGCCCAGCUAAAUGAAAUGGAUGGAGACGAAAGGAGUGACAAGUUCAACAGGAGAGCAAGCAGCUGGGGACGGCUAGGAGCAAAGCAGAAUGAGAAGCGUCCUUCACUACAGCGAUUUAUCAGCACAUACUCCUGGACAGAGUAUGAGGAAGAACGUUCUGAAAGAAACAACGAAGAGUCAGAAUCCUCUCCUGAAGUAGGAGAGGAGAAAGCAAGGAAGGAAAGUAUCUCUGAAAAAAGGAAAUGUCCAUCAAAAUGGAGCCUUGAGUCAGCGUGCAACUUAAUGUCAUCCUGGGCAUCUCAUCUCAAGACCUCCUUUGGCAAUGCUAACAAGACUCUCUGGGUUUCUGUCUCCAUCCUGGUGCUGCUUGCUGCUCUCACAAGCUUCCUCACUGGGCUGUCUCUUCAAAGACCAGCAGAUGCAGCCCCUGUAGGAACAGGGGACUCCUGGACUUCACUACAGCAACUGUUGUGGCCCUAUACAGGACUCCAACACAAUGGGCCACCGCCAGUAUAACAGGUUCCRAGUUUCAGUUCGUAAAGCUGAACUUCUCUGACUUUAAGCUGACUGUAUAAGAAGCUGAGAUAGAAUAUUUAAGGCUUUUUUCUUCCUUUUUUUUGUAGCAUGAUUUUGAAAUUGAGAAAUGAUUACUUCCCCACACCUUCCCCCUUGACAAAAUAACUGUCUUCCAGAUGCCUAGAAAGUCUCAAUCUUCAUUCAAGCUUAGAAUAAACUAGUUAGUGAUUUUGAACAGCUAGCAAUAAAUGGGGUUAAAUGGUCUAGCUGUGAUGGAAUAAAGAGGGUUUUGUAUAUUUUAACAAAAAAACACUGUUUGCAUUUCCAUCAUUAAAGCUAUUCUAGCUAUUCUAAUGAUUUGAUUAUGAAAGGAUUAAAGAUUUUGAAAUGUAACUUUAUUGAAAGCUUUUGAUAAUAAAGUUUUAAAGGACUGUGUGCAGUA